AUGCCUUCUUUUCGUUUAUGUCUUUCUGCAGAAACUGAAGGCGUUGUCCGCAUCCGGCCGACUAAACCACGUAAUUGGGGACUGAAAGUGCAAUGCGAAGCCUGUCGGGAAACGAGUCCACAUUUCAUUUACGUGGAUGAGUCGGAAGAACACGAGAGUGGCGGCGGUGGUACAAGGAAUGCCGUUUUUAAAUGUUCUUUUUGUAAGGCAGUGAUUACUGCUUCAAUCGAUCCUGAAAGCUACGGCGCUUUUGAACCUGAUGGCGCUGGUGAUGGAGGGGUUUUAACGAUUGAGGUGCGUGGUGCGACCCCGGAAGAAUUGGAGAUGGACGAUAAAUGGGAGGUGGAAGCAGAGGGGACAACUUUUCGAGAUGUAAAUCUUGCAGAGGAUUGGAUGGAGUAUGAUGAGUCGGCAGGUGUCGCCGUGAGUGUGACGGGGGCCAACGUUACUUUUCAUCGAGCGAAGAAGACAAAAUAG